AUGUAUGUUUAUAUAUUAGACAUUAGGAUGAAUCCGAUGAGCAGAGAAAUGCACGGCGAUGGUACUGCAUCCUUUAAUUAUUCGAUUAACCUGUUAUCACAGGACAUUGGUAUAGGAAAAGGUAAAUAUUACGCCGUGAAUUUUCCUCUAAGGGAGGGCAUAGACGACGAGUCGUAUAAAAGCGUAUUUGAACCGGUAGUUACACGAGUCAUUGAAUGGUAUCAACCUGAAGUGAUCGUUUUGCAAUGCGGCGCGGAUUCACUAAGUGGUGAUCGUCUUGGUUGCUUCAAUCUGUCAUCAAAAGGCCACGCACACUGUGUGCGAUUUGUCAAAAAAUUUAACAUUCCAAUGUUAGUAUUGGGAGGUGGCGGUUACACUGUACGAAAUGUGUCAAGGGCUUGGGCAUAUGAAACUGGUGUGAUUGUUGGACAGGAUGUUGGACCAGAGCACGAUUAUUUUGAAUAUUUUGGACAUGAUAAUAAAAUAGAUGUUCUUUCAAGCAAUAUGGAAAAUAAGAAUACGAGAGAAUAUUUAGAAAAGAUAACGGACAAACAUAUCGCACCGGAUAAUGAAUAUUAUGAUUCAUCUGAUGAGGAAUGCACUUUUAAGAUUCCUAUUCCUAACGAAUACGGGCCUUCCAGAUAUGUGCGAUCAUACCGCCAUAAAUUGAUAAAAAAUAGUUCAAAAUGA